AUGAUUGUCUGUCUGCUAUCCCAACCACCGCUUACAGGAUUCUUUUCAGAAAUGAAGUAUUGCCAACCACAGCAUGAUAACACACCCAGCUGCUAUAAAUACGAGGACAAUGUGAGUUCCAACUCAUUUACAUACUUAACGCUCCAGAACAAGGCAGAACCAGGCUUCUGUGCGAAUGGUGGCUUAUCAUCUCUUUUCGGACGAACCUCUGGCAACGAGAAUGUUUUACAGAAGCCAUCGUUCGUCGUCGUUGAUGCUGGUGUCAAUUACGAGAAGGACAAAAAGCGGAAUUUUGGACGCCAUGAUAAGAAAUAUGUACUUCUACCGUACCAUCAGGAGCUGUCUCAGUGUUUGGACGGUCAUCUUGAGCACAUCAAGCAUGGCCUACUUAUUUCGGCGAUUGUAAACGAAAACAGACCAGCACUGCGAAAUUAUAUUCAUGCUUUAAAGAAAUUCAUUGACGCCCAUGGAUUUCGAUUUCCAAAAGAAGACCAUCUAAAAUUUAUCAAACUUAUGUAUCUAAUCAUGAUUAAGAAGGACCAAUGGCAUGAUGUGGUGCACUAUGCGGCGAAAGCGUUGGAAAAGUUAAUCAAGUAA